AUGUUUGACGAAUCCGAGCUCGAGCUGGAACUCCUCUCGUUAGACCCGGGACCGCAGACAAUCGGUGAACACGAGCUCAAGACGUCUCCUUUGAUCACAUAUGACGCCGCAAAGCUUACAGCUGAUCAAUUCACCCAAAGAGGUUUGCUAGGCGGCGUCCUUGCCGUCAACGCGAGCGGUUUACCACCGACUCUGAAGGAUCCAAGAAUCUACAUAAACCUCGAUGCUCCUUCUAGUGGACUUGUAUGCGGAGUCCAGGGCUCAGGCAAAAGUCAUACCGUUUCGUGUAUCAUUGAAGGAUCACUCAUGAUGGAUCGGCGUAUUGGAACGCUGCCCGCGCCUUUGGCUACCGUCGUGUUUCACUACGACGAAGAGAAUGGAGGACGUCCGUGCGAGGCAGCGUACCUCAGCGAGCUCAAGACUGGUAGCGCUCGUGGUGUCGAGGAAGUAGUCGUUCUCGUUUCCCCAAGCAAUCUCAAUACCAGGCGCAGAGUCUACUCGUCUUUGACACACGUCAAGGUUGAGCCAUUGAGGAUCUCCGAGACAGACCUAAAUGCAUCCCGUAUGCUGAGUAUGAUGGGCGCCGACAAUUUAGAAACCAUGCCUCUGUAUUUGUUUUCCGCGAUGGCCAUUCUCCGCGAAAUGGGCUCAGACGGAUUCAGUUAUCAGGGUUUCAGGAAGAAGCUGGCCGAGUCGGACUUCAACCGCACACAACAGUCAAUGCUCCAACUUCGACUUGACCUCCUUGACUCUUUCCUCAAAGGGACGGGCAAGGAUAUCGUCAAGUUUUUCAAUUCGGGAAGACUCGUUAUCGUUGACCUUUCUGAUCCUUUUGUUGAUGGCGUCACUGCCGCUAUGCUAUUCAACAUCUGUUUGGGACUGUUCAUUGAAUGGAAGAACACGACAGGAAAGCUAAUCGUACUUGAUGAAGCGCAUAAAUACCUUACCAACGCGGAUGCAAAUCAGUUCACUCGCAGUAUCUGCAGCAUUAUUCGACAGCAGCGACAUCUUGCCGCACGUGUCGUUGUUUCCACUCAGGAGCCCACAGUAGUCCCCCCUUCAGUGCUUGACCUGAUGUCGUGGAUCAUUUGCCACCGUUUCACCUCACCAAGUUGGGUCAAACACCUGAUGCACCACAUCUGUGUCGACGAAACCAGUGUGGGGGAAGACGACAAUAACGGCAGUGGAAGCAAUGCGCCAGAUUGGGCCAAACAGGUAAUGAGGUUACGCACGGGAGAGGGUUUAUUGUGCUCCGCCUCUGCACUCUUCCCAUCAAAGGAAGGAACAUUGGAGAGACUGGGCACUGGAUACGCAGUAAUCAAGUCGCGAAUGAGACUUACAAGAGACGGUGGGGAAUCAAUUCUGGCAACGGACUCGACGUCGACCGCAGAGCAUGUUCCCUUGGCGGGUCUUGCAACGCCAGAGUCCUCCACUUCGAGCGGAAACCCAUCGCCUGAGCUUGGUCUCCGUUUGGGGUCUCAAGUUCACUGCGUAGAUACCUCGAACGACACACCAUCAACUGCAUCUUCACCCUCUCUUACGGAAAAGAUCCUCAGCCCUCGAAUGUCGACGCUAGAAGCAGGUUCAAGACUCUUCAAGCCACCAACGUACACGGAUAUUGGCUCCCAAAGCGAGAACGAGCACGUAACAAAGGGAUUGAACGCCUUCACUGAUGUCUCAUCUACGCCCGUGUUGGUGAUCCCGCGAGCUCGACCAAAGUCUAUGGUGCACAAUAUUGCACCAGCCUUUCCCGUCUCCUCGACACCGUCUCAAAGCGUAUUCGCUAAGACACAAGAUCCUCAGUUCGACGUUCUGAUCAAGGGUCUUGUCGAAAAUAACGGCCGUGCACUUCACCAGUCCCUCCUCGAUCGUGUUCACCAACUUUCCCCGAAUCCUUAUCCAACUGGUGAAAAAAAGCCCUGGAAGAACUUCCUGACUAGAGCAGAGGCGGCGGGAAUCGUCACUCUCUCCGGUUCAGGGAGUAAAAAGAUGGUCACACUCAUUCCGGGGACCACCUUCUCCCAGGCCCAAAAGACCGCUUCUACGCUUAUUCAGCAGUCUAUUCCUUCCGGGGAAAGUUCAUAUGCGGUGUUGAUAAGCGCGCUCUCAACAUUGGCCCCCGGCAGGGGGGUCGUUAGAAUUUGCGACCUAGGUCAAGAAUUCAAGAAAAGAAAGUUCAAACACGACGGGAGGUUGAAAGAUUUUCUUAUUCAGGCAGAACAGAACGGCGUGGUCAAGCUUUCGGUGAGAAACAAGAUGGAUCACGUCCAACUGGCAUGA